UUUCUCGCAAUACGGUUUUUUUUUAAAUUAAGAAUGGCAAAAAAUAAACGUCCUCACUUCCUGUUCCUUUAUCUCAAAUAUCCUGACAUAUACAAACAUGCCCAUCGCGUCUAGGAAAAAGAAUUAAAAACUUCAGACCAGUAGAUCAAACACCUUUGUUGCAGACUAAAUAUAGUUAAUCAUAUAAAUGUCAGUGGUCGUAACAUGUUCCAAUAUUGUGCUCACGGUUAAAAAGGUACUCUCCUGUCCAACAGUAUAUUUUCUUAAAUCAAAAUAAUAUAUACUGACAACUGUACGUACUAAGGACUUUGUAAAACACUGCUAAAAAAAUAACAGAAUUAUUAUUGUGUGUAGGUACGUUCAAUUAUUUGAUGUGUGCUGGGUAGUUUGUGCUGUAUAUCAAUUCAUGAUAAUUUAAAACUGCGUAUUUUCAACAACAGUAAUAUUGUUUAUGAUCGAUUCGUCUCAGUUUUGACUAAAUUCGUGUUUCGGUUAAUUUCCUGCCCUUAUUUUACACCGUUUUUUCGCUGGGAAUGUUUUAUUACAGUUGGUGUUGAACUACGUAUGAAGUUUCUCAAAACGUUUUCUUGUCACUGAGCAAAUGAAGAUCAUGCUAUCAGCCGAACCUGAAUAUCACAACACCAGCAACGAUACCAAUACUUGCAGUUUGCUCCACAAGACUCACGAGUACAGCAUAAACAUUCUCACACAAAGACGCCAUUGACGUUUCAUUUAAAACAUUAGAAAAGCAAAUAUGACAUCGAUGUAUUGUAUAUUAUACAGCGAAUGAAUGUCGCAUUCGAAAAGUAACGCAGGGCGUCUUUCAUUUAAACUACAAUUAUCAAUUUUUAAAAUAACCAUUAUAAAUAAAUUGCACCACGCGUCGUAGUAGUUUUUUUUUUAUUUAAAGUGUACAGCUCAUUGGCCGAUCAAAUAAGGCGCUGUGUGGGAAAUCCUUUCCUCAUCAAAGCCUAGAAAAAAAAAACUGGAUAAAGUAAACAAGCGAUCUUGAACAGAAACGGACCAGGACACUCGUAAAUACACUUCGAAUACACAGCAUGUAAACGUAGAUAACACUUACGCGAUCGCUUAAAAAAUAUUCACUUCGUAUAUCUGAAUUUACAUGUACUGUAUGAACGACCAGUUUAGGCGAUGUGGAGCAGUUUGGUGUUGUCAGGAAAUGUUAAACUCGCGACAGUCCUCUUCCUGUAUGAGUGCUUUUCAUCUGAUCACUGUCAGGAACAACAGUAACAGGAGUUUUGUAAGUUAAGACUUUCUAAGUGGGCCUGGCAUCCUCUUCGUUUUCCCCCCCGAGAUGUAGUCAUGUAAACGAUAUUAUAUGUACUACAACUAUUGUUUUGCAGUUCAAAACAACAAUCAUGAACGCACAAGUGUAUGUUGACAUAUUUAUUUCGUGAGCGCUUGUCUUAUCAGUCUCUAUGAAAACGCAAAAACGGUGUUUUAAGAGACAAUGGGGAAAGGGGCAUGAUCCCCCGUUUGCUUGUUCUGUUUUGAUCUGCGUCGAGUCGCGGCAGUGUGUGCCGUACGGUUUCAAUCGCUCGAGGGUGGCACUGCGGCGCGUCAGCGUCGGUCUGUCGUAGGUACAAGCGUGCUGUGUGUGGCGUUGCCGACUCCAGGUACCCGCUACGGAAGGCACUGGGCUCUUAGCGGCGCGCUCUGCUCCCCGACGAGCGCCAGGUGACGCUCUCGGCCCGCUGUCCUCGCCUCUCCGACCGGGACUUUGGAGCGGAUCCUCGCUGCCAAGUUAUCAGACACGUUUCUCGGAGUUCCAUCAGUAACCUCCUGGGGUGAUCAAGCCAAAUUUAUGACUGGCCAACACGAGCACGUGAUUCUAUUUAAACAUCCCAUAUUUGGGCAGCGCACGUAGAAUCAAGAAAAAAAAGCGACGAUUUUUCCCCCCCCAACUAUAAAUCCUGCUCUUUUUUGGGACAAAAGCCCCUUGAACUUCCAAAGGGCCACAAAUCAAACGUAAUAAAUAAUAAUAACAACAGUAGCGGCUAAUGAAAAAUAAUCAGAUUUUUAAUAGCGGAGCGGUGCAUUGUUAGGAGAGUUAUUAUCGCUAAUUAGGCUGGUUCGGCUGUGUCCUGGUUUAAUGGUUUUGCUUCCAGUUUGGUGCCUUUUUGGUUUUUCCACAAAAUGAGCUCCUACGUAGCCAAUUCCUUCUACAAACAAGCUCACGAGGCUCCGUCUUACGCCAUGCACAGCUAUGGCAAUUAUGGAGCCGUCUCCGAAAUUCACCCGUCCAGGUAUUGUUACGGCGGGCUGGACCUCAGCGUGUCUUUCCCUUCACCGGCCUCCGCGAACCCCCUCAGCCGUGGGGAGAUGAGCGGCAGCCUGCGUGGCAGCCCGGACGCAGCCGCCCCGCCGCCGCCGCAGCCGCCGCCGCCUCCUCCUCCUCCGCCUCCGCCUCCGCCGCCUCCCUGCUCCGGCGCGGGCGGGCAGGGCUCGCUCGCCACGGGCAUGUUCUGUCAGAAAGCCGAGGGGGACCCGGAGCUGCAGGACGAGCCCGGCAGCAGCGGAAGAGCAGGCGAGAUCAAAGUGGAGGCGAUGCAAGCUGUCCAGGCGGGGAGACCACAGCACCACCCGGCUCAGCCUCAGCUUAACCAGCAGCCGCCUCAGAUUUACCCCUGGAUGACCAAACUCCACAUAAGCCACGAGUCGGACGGCAAGCGAUCUCGGACGAGCUACACCCGCUACCAAACGCUGGAGCUGGAGAAAGAAUUUCACUUCAACCGGUACCUGACCCGCCGCCGGCGCAUUGAAAUUGCCAACAGCUUGUGCCUGAACGAGAGGCAGAUCAAAAUCUGGUUCCAGAACCGCCGGAUGAAGUGGAAGAAGGAUUCGAAGAUCAAACUGAAGGAGUCCAUAUAAACGGCUGGGAUUACAAUCUGGCUUCAAUCCGAAUUCGGUUUUAAAAAAAAAAGAAGGAAAACAAGAAAGCGAAGCGUUGUGAACGCUGGAACAGUGAAGACACAAAGCAUUUGAAACCCAAUCGUCUUAUUUUUAAAGCAGUAAAUUAUUUUCAGUUGGUUUUUUAUGUUUAUAUGUAAUAUAUGCCUUUUGUUUUUUUAAAUCCUCUUGUUGGUGUUCUUUUCUUAACGUCAUUUAAAAUGUGAACAAAUCAGCAAAGCGUUUAAUUUAUUGUAAAAAGAAUUCGCAAGGGAUAGGCGUAGAGGGGUACUUUCAGACCUUAAGUGACCCGCUGACACGUUGGCAUGUUGUUCUUCUAAAGACGAAAAGGACACAUUUUGCAGUUUAAUCGCGCCGAUGUCUGGGGAUCCGGCACGGUAUAUUAUAAGCACUUUUUUGUUCUUGUUUAGUUGGGUAUAGAAUGUGAAUUCUCAUUUUAUUUUGAUCCCCCGGAGUUUUAAAAAGUGUCCGCCGGAUUUUUUUUUUCUUGGCCUUUUUUAAAAUACAGAUUUUUAAAAGAUCCCACACGUUUCAAAAACAUACCGUCCAGUGGCCACCGCAGACAUAACACGAGCUGACAGUCGGUAUCUGAAACCCUGUAAAUCACCAAUUUAUUAAAUGUACGAGAGAUAAUGUGUUUCUAAAGCUGCCAGGCUUGUUCUCGCGGGCAGCAAAUGCUCAAGCAAAUUAGUUACCUUUAAGAUAAAUGGUGGCAAAGCGUGCGCCUGCAGUUACGUGUACGUUUUGUAGACACGACCUACAAGUGCCCAGAAACGACUGAAAAUUUGACAUGUCUCGCCUGUAGUCACUUAGACACAAGACUUGGGAUGAAUUCAAAUAGCCCAACAUUUGUAAUGUAGAAACUGAAACCUAAAUAGUCUAACGUAUUUAGCAAAGAAGAAUAAGGGAUAUAUACUUUUUUUUCUUCUGCAGGUAUUAGUUUAGAUUUGGACACACACCACUUUUCCAGAAACGGAAGAGAAACAACUUCCUUUAGUUCCGGCCGAGGCUGUGCUUGUCCAGAGAGACGCGUCUCUCCACUAGUUAGCUCUGUAAUACAUAUCUCGCAUAGAGAAGUCAAGCGCGGAGAAAGCGAUUUGAAGAUCUUGGUCACCCCUUGUGACAGUACAGACAUCUGCUGUGGCUUAGAAAGUCGUACAAAAAAAGAUUGGGGUAGUUUAGAAAGUGUUGUGCAAGCAAACAAUAUAAAUAAAACUGAUAAAGCUGUAAAGGGGCCUAAUAUUUAGGUAAUAUUUAGCCAUCGUAACGACUAACAGCUGCAAAUGAAUAUAAUAAUAAUAUCACGUUGAUGGUCGAAACUACAGUCUGACGUACUGCUUGGUCACAGUGUUGGUACACAGCUGACUUUUAAUUUCCAGGGAAGCAUAAAUUAAAAAGUUAACACGGGUUUCUCGAUAGCCUUAAUGGAUUGUAAUUAAAAGUAUUAACCUCAGCCUUCCGGCUUUGUGUCUCCAGAAACUCUGUGUACCAUCAGCACAAACCUUCAAGCGCUGUGUCAGGGGAAAACAAAAAAACAAAUACAGUAGAUACAUUUAUUAAUUAAUUGAAACCUGCAGGAUCUUCGUCCUUUUUGAAAGCACGAGACAGCUCUCAUAGGACGCUAGCUUUUAUCGAGAUUUUUAGAUGUUUUUAAAUGUCGACAUAUUUUCUCACGUGAUUUGAACGUGAGCUGUAUCUCAUUUCACGUGAACUGGCAGGCGUAUAAUAUGCACCUAUUCUGCGAGUUCUGAGCCUAAAGUUAAUUUUAUCUCCCUUUUUUAGAGAAAAGAGGAAGAGCUUUCUUGGAGGAAAUACUCUCCAAAGUCUCCUUUUCUAGCGUUUUAUGAAAAGGGUUACCACGUUUGAAAUCGUGCAGUUUCUCUCUCGAGGUCUGCUGUAGGAGGUGACGGUGUUGAGAUGUUAUUCCUGUUCGUGUUAAUAGUGUGUCCGCAUUACCACGUGCAUCCAAGCAGCAUGCUAAGGAAAAUAACUGAACUGGUUCCAAUUUGUAUAAUUGUGUGUUCCAUAAUAAAGUGUAAAGUAUCCAAA